AUGACUGGUACAAGGUCCACAAGACGAAGCGCAAAACUCGCAUCAAAAUUUGAUCGGAUGGAGCAACUGCUCAAGGACUCUGGCUUUGACUCUGUCAGUGAAUUGCUGAAGAUCUUGUUUUACAACCUGAGCCAUGUCUCUGGACAGCCUGAUCCAAGAGGUGUAUGUCACGCCAAGUCCGUUGCUCGGUUUCUACAAGGGCGGAACAAGCACAAGCACAGUGCGCCAGCGCCGAGCUCACCACAUGCUCCAGAACGUCAUGCUCCAUUCUCACCAUCAGUCUCUCCUGCCAACAUCUUUUACGUGCAUCCUUCUUUAUUCACUUGGGUGACGAAUCUCAUCACUAAUCAUGUUCAUUGUGAGAUCCAUGAGCUUGUGGCUAAGGAUGAUGAUGUUCAUCUCCGAGCUUCGACAAAUGGACGGCGUCCAAUGGAUAGUGUCAAUCUCGUCACUUGGGAAGCUUUGGAGAGGUUUAGUAUUGCAGACCUAGUGGAGAAAUACAAAAGUCGCGCACCUGUUGCUUGGCAUCUCAUGAAAUGUACGGCUGCCUCUCGCAAGAAUGGCGCUGUGGUGGUGGUAAAGAAGCAACGGCCACAUCCGAUUCCCGCUCAGCGUCCACAGUGGUAUAGUCUUUUUGACAAUGGUGUUGAUGGUGUUCGAAGUAAUUCAGAAAGCCAAAAAAUCAAUGUUCAGGAUGUAUAA